AUGCGCCUCACCAACAUGCUUCCGUUCACAGAGGCCAUUAUGCAAGCGAAUAUGCCAGAUAAACCUCCCCCAGCCUUAGAACGUUACAGUGGUUCCGACGAUCCUGAUAACCAUCUACGUAAUUUUAUAGAUGCCAUGGCAUUCUAUACUGACAAUGACCCGGUGAUCUGCAGAGCUUUUUCUUUAUCUCUUAAGGACGAAGCCCUGGAAUGGUUCCAUACUCUUCCACGGAAUUCAGUAGAUUGUUUUGCAACAAUCGAAUCCUUAUUCCGAAAGCAGUAUGCGGCCAAUAAGAAACCGGCGAUGACUGUUGCGGAGCUUGUCAAUACCAAGCAGGAAAAAGAUGAGACCCUGAAAGCUUUCAUGCAACGGUACACCGAGACGGCCCGACGCGUGAAGGAUAUCAGUCCCACUUUCAUCAUCAGCAAUCUACCGUCCUGCUUAAGGCCGGGGCAUUUUGCAGAACAAUUAUAUGCUGACCCUCCAGCAUCUAUGGAAGAAUUGCAAUCCACUAUUGCAAAGUUCAUCCGCAUAGAGGACCACCGUAAUUCUAGGUGGAAACAACAUCAGGAUGUCCCCAAUCACGAGGCAAAGAAGCCCGCAAAGCGAUCCACCAACGACUACAAGCCAGACCGCACACCCCGGAAGGAGUCAGGAUGGAUGUCUAAGUACGAUCGUUACACGACCCUCAAUGCACCAAGGGCGAGGGUGCUUGAAGAGGCCUUGCACGCCGAACUCUUGACCGUGCGGCGAAAGGCUACUCCAAAGAACGCUGACAAUAGCAAAGCCUGCCGGUUCCAUAUGAACCAUGGGCACGACACGGAAGAAUGCAACAUGGUGAAGGACGAACUGGAGCGACUCAUCCGUGCAGGCUACCUCCAGAACUACAUCAAGGAUAGAGUCCCCACUAGAACCGCAACCCCUCGCCGAAAGGAUCCUUCUAAGCGAAGUCCCCAACGAUCACCCCCGAGAGAUGAUCGACACCGCAGGCGAUCGUGCAGUCCGCUUCGCCGGACAGAGAGAGAGCGUUCAGUCCGAGGCCGAAUCGACACCAUAUCUGGCGGUUUUACCGGAGGGGGAGGGUCAUCUUUUGCCAGGAAGCGACAUUUGCGACAGUUGAAGUCGGUUCAUAUGGUCGAUCGACAACCUAGGUCGAUCCCUGACAUCACAUUCACGAACACUGACUUCCAUGCACUCGACUCUGAUCAUGAUGAUCCCAUGGUCAUCACUGCUAAUAUAGCUUGGUAUGAUGUCAGCAAGGUCCUCGUCGAUCAGGGAAGUUCGGUCAACAUUUUGUAUUGGUCCACCUUCCAGAAGAUGGACCUAUUUGAGGACCUCAUCGCCCCGUUUAACGAACAAAUCGUAGGAUUCUCAGGAGAAAGAGUAGACACCAGAGGGUACCUUGACCUGCGAACUCGGUUAGGAACAAGUCGGGAGGCACCUGAACUUAGAGUUCGAUUCCUGUUGGUCGAAGCAAAUACAUCGUACAACGCCUUGCUCGGACGACCUUGUCUGAAUGCGUUUGGGGCAAUAGUGUCUACCCCCACCUCGCCAUGA